AUGAUAGACACGGAAGAAACCUGUAAGCCUGAGCGUCUUGCCCUACCCAGACACCAUGGUAAACCCUAUUCAGAUCACCCAUCAUCUACAGCCCUGCUGGAUUCCAUUGACAAAUCUAUCUGGAGUACCACGCCUUUCGAUGUGGGCAAACUACAAGUUACACCAGUUGCUAUCACCCUGUUGGAUCCGACUCAACCUCCCAUCUACAGACCCCAAUAUCGUCUCAAGCCUGAGCAGGUGGAGGGGAUUCGCCCCACUAUUGAGGGGUUAUUGGGAGCUGACUGCAUUUACCGAACUCAAUCUCCAUGGAACACCCCAAUUCUGCCUGUUCCGAAGGCAGAUGGACAAACCUACAGGAUGGUACAAGACUUCAGAGCCAUCAAUGAAGCCACUUUGGGGGUUGACCUACCUGUUCCUGACCCACACAUUACCCUGAGCAAUCUAUCACCGAGACACCAAUAUUUCACUGUCGUGGACCUUGCUAAUGCUUUCUUUAGCAUUCCUCUGGAUGAGGGGUCUCAGCCUCUGUUUGCAUUCACUUACGAAAACCAGCAGUACACGUAUUCUGUUCUUCCCCAGGGCUAUCGUUGCUCCCCCGGAAUAUUCAAUCACAUCCUGAAAAAACACUUGGGAGAACUCACCCUUCCGGAAGGCGUGGUACUCAUCCAAUACGUUGACGAUCUCCUCCUGGGAGCCCCCACUUCGGACCUGUGCUUAGAAAUCACCAAAGUCCUGCUGGACUUUUUGGCUAGCAAGGGAUACAAGGUCAAGAAAUCAAAAGUCCAGAUGUGCAGAAGGACGGUACUCUUUUUGGGUAGAGAAAUCUCAGGAGAAGGAGCUGGACUCUCUACUUCACACAGAAGCUCCAUUCUUCACCAUCCCAGACCAACCACAGUCGCUGGUAUGCUCUCGUUUUUGGGUUUGACUGGGUACAGCCGUACACACAUUCCUGACUACACUGCCAGGACUGAACCACUGAGGGAAAUAGUCAGACAUGCAGGCUCAAGAAACCUUCAUGCUCCUCUUAUCUGGUCACCUGAGGCCUCUGAGGCUUUUGGCCAGUUGAAAACAGACCUGGCUGUGGCUGCAGCUCUCACUGCACCUGACUAUGGCAAGACCUUCCAUUUGGAUGUUUCUGAAAAAGAAGGAUUCACAUCAUCCGUUCUCUUCCAGAAACAAGAGGGGGAGAGAAGAGUCCUGAUGUACCACUCCUCAAAAUUGGAUCACAUUGAGACAGGACAGACCACAUGCUCAAGGUAUGUAGCAGCAGUUGCUAAAGCCAUUGAAAAAACUGCUCACCUCGUAAUGUGCCACAAAAUGGAGAUCCACACCCACCAUGGUGUUGCAGCGUACUUGAUGGCGAAGGAAUUCACCUUUAGUGCAGAGAGAAAAAACAAAAUUCAGAACAAAUGUACACAGUCACACAUCACGUUUGUCAACACAGACAAGAAUAUGGCUGAUGCCCUUAAUGCGGAAGAAGGAAUGACCCACGCCUGCGCAGAAAGAGCUGCUCAAGAACUUAAACUCAGACCAGACCUGGAAAAUGAACCAAUAUUGAUUGCAGACCUAUGGCUGUACACUGACGGGUGUUGUUACAGAGGAGAUGAGGGCAACAUAGCAGCAUACGCAGUAGUACAACAGAAUGUGGAUGGAGCUCACACCACCCUGGAAUCAGGUAUAAUACCUCAGCCCGCAUCAGCCCAAUUGGCAGAGAUAAUUGGACUCACCCAAGCAUUAACACUGGCCAAAGGGAAAAAGGUCAACAUAUACACCGACUCAGCAUAUGCUCAUGGAGCAGUACACAUCGAUGGACCACAAUGGGUCAGAAGAAACUUUACCACUACUGGAAACCUACCAAUCAAGCACAAGACCCAGAUGGAGCGUCUGAUUGCUGCAGUAUCACUCCCUGAGAAAGUGGCCAUAAUGAAAUGCAAAGGCCAUCAGACAUUGAACUCCAGGAUCAGCAGGGGAAAUGAUGCUGCAGACCAGGCAGCUAAGAAAGCAGGAGGAUACACUCCCAGACAAAUGGUUCUCCAAAUCAGUCCACCUAGGACUGAAUUGACUAACCAACACAUCAAAGAACUACAACAAGCAGCCGGACCAUAUGAGCACUCAGUGUGGGGACAGAAGGGAGCGACGAAGGGUACUGAUGAACUGUGGCGAUGUCAUGAUGGCAGACUAGUGGCCCCUGCAAACCUCUGUCCUGAACUAAUCAGAGAAGCACAUGGACUAACACACGAAGGGAAACUGAAGACUCUACAGAGAGUAUCCUAUGUGUGGUGGCAUCCUUACAUGAAAGAAAUGACAGAUUUGUUCUGUGACAGUUGUGCCAUCUGUGGAAGUCACAACCCAAAGAAACCCUACCAGACUCCCAUGGGACACUAUCCGGUGCCCAAUGCCUGUUUUCAAGACAUCAGCAUAGAUUUUACAGACAUGGGAGCAGAUCAGCACCUGAGACAGGUGGAGGAGAGGUUUGGCAUUACACACAAGUUUGGCUCUGUGUAUAAGCCGCAAUCGCAGGGCCUUGUGGAACGCUGUAAUCAGACUCUGAAAGCUAAGAUAGCUAAAGUGUGUGCAGGGACCAAAUUGACCUGGGUGGAAGCCCUGCCCCUGGCACUGAUGGCCAUGAGGUCCUCACCAGGUGCAGGGACACAUCUUUCACCCCAUGAAAUAAUGACAGGUAGAGUAAUGCCAGGGCCACCAAGAGAGGGAGGUCAUAUGCCCCCUCUUGAUGUGCACCAGAUAGGGAUGUCUGACUAUGUGAAGAAAUUGACGGAAUUGUCUGCAGCUCUCUCCAAACAGAUACACCGUGUCGCAGAGGGGGAGCUGGCUGACGUCCCGGAACAACCAAGGGUAAAAGUUGGAGACUGGUUGUCACCAGAGCAGAUGUCUGGUGGUGUAUACCCAAUAGGUGUGACUGAGUUGGUGGCCCAAUUUGAAAAGGAUGCCUUCCCGUCCAAGAAAAAGAGGAUGGCUGGAUCUGAUGGUGGUGACCCUACGUACAUAGACGCCAUAGGAGUUCCCAGAGGGGUCCCGGAUGAGUAUAAACUUGCUAACCAGAUGUUUCCUCUGCUUGCUAAUGACCUGCCCGAAUUUGAGGAUGAGGUUGAGAGUGCCUACUAG